UACCAUGACAAAAUGUGGAUUCGUAAUACGGUCAAAAUUAUACUCGGGGCUCUUCCGGUUGUUUGAUGAUGGCAACGAAUAAAACUGAUAAAAAGUCUGACUUUAAUCUUGAACGACUGUUGCAGUUGUUUAGGGCGUGCAAAGAUGCUGAUGGUGAGAUAAGCAUAGAUCGAUAUAAUGAUGCUUACGACGAGCUUUGCAAAUUAUUUUAUUUGUUGGGUAAAGUUUUUUCAUUUGUGGCAUCAGAUGUAGAAGAAAAGGUGAACAUUUUAAGAGAUUAUCGGAAAUUGCCCAGUGAAUCCCAACAUUACCAAUCCAUCCAGUCAAUGAUAAAAUAUGAAGUGGAACACAAAACAACUAAUAAUAAAAAGAAAGCCUCGGGAUGUAGAACCUUGCUUCGACUUCACAGAGCCUUGGAGUUUACAUACGAGUUCAUGACCGAGCUUGGUAAAGCUGAAAGCUCCUCAAAAAUGUCUACUGCUGCUUCAGAGGCGUAUGGAAGAUCUUUAGCCAAAUUUCAUCCGUUUCUCAUCCGUCAAGCAGUUUAUCUAGCAGUACACACUUUACCCCAUCGUGAUCAAUUAAUGAAAAAUAUGAAAAUAGAAGAUGUAGAAAAGGGAAAAGAAGUCCUAGAACAAAUCGUAACAGAGCAAAAAAUGAUUUAUGAAAUAACACAAGAUUUGUAUGCUAAAAAUAAUCUGUUAGAUUUACCUUGAUAACAUAGACUAUACUAUAUUCAGAUUUAUUUCUAUAGGUUGUUAUAAAUUUUUUGUUGUAUAUUUUUGUUAUAAAAAUAUUUUCAGGCCCGUAGCUAGCAGGGGGCAGCCCAACCAUUGUCUCUUGGCUUUAUGGGCACAUUGGUCGUUGACUUCGUUUUUUGUCCAAUGGAAGGGGCGUUGUUCGUUGGCCAGAAGGGGCAGCUGCCCAACCCCCACCACCCCAUCAUCCCCCACGGGCCUGAUUUUACAUUGCCUGCAAUCAGAGAUAAAAGGGAAUACGCGCAGUUAGGCAUCAUAUUGAAUUUUACUACUGUCUGAGCCAUGCUAAAUGAUAAAGUGAAUAUAAUUAAUUAUGUUCUUUUAAAAACUUAUCCAUUAUAUUUUAAGUCACCCCGUUUGCUUGUAUUUUCAACAGUACAUCUGUACAUCACAACGUGCCACCAGUCACGUGUUGAAAGAGCAUUGGCACACUUUUACAAACAUUUGUUAUAAUAAAAAAAAACUGCAGUUUUAGUCGCA